CUUGAUCUCAGAUUCUCGGUGCAUUCAAAGCAUGGGCAAGGCAAAGAAGACUAGAAAAUUUGCCGCCGUUAAACGCCUCUUGAACCCCAAUGAUGCUAGAUUGAAAGAGAACCAAUUGAAGCAGAAGAAGAAAGAAGAGGAAGAGAAAGCCAAGGCGGUCCGUCGGGUACCACAGAUCGCAUCGUCCAUGUUCCUUGCGCACAACACCGAACUUGUGCCACCUUACCGAGUGUUGAUCGACACAAACUUCAUAAAUUUCAGUUUACAAAAUAAACUUGAACUAGUCAGUGGUAUGAUGGACUGUUUAUUUGCUAAAUGCAUACCCUGUGUUACGGACUGUGUUAUGGCUGAAUUAGAGAAGCUCGGCCACCGGUAUCGUAUAGCACUUCGUGUUGCUCGAGAUCCACGAUUCGAGCGAUUGAACUGCAGCCAUUCCGGAACGUACGCAGAUGACUGCUUGGUGCAGCGUGUCACCGCUCACAAGUGCUAUAUUGUCGCUACUUGCGAUCAAGAACUCCGGAGGCGUAUACGACAGAUUCCUGGCGUACCGCUAAUGUAUGUCGCCAGCAGGCGUUAUGCCAUCGAACGGCUUCCUGAUCAAGGCGCUCCUGGUUCAUGAUAUGUUGAAGACUAAAAAGUACAUCUACAGUUACUUUUUAAUGAUACUCAGUGCGACCGGCUGCAAGUGAUUCAUUCAGUAUGUCCCAUUUGGUUAGAACCGUGUACAUCGAGCAGCUGUACACUCUGAGCGCAGAUACCCGUGUCAUGCUGUAUAAGACGAGAAGUUUCGAUUGCAUUCCAAACCCUAGAAUUUGGGGGAUACGCCAGCCCUGGGGCCCUUAUCUGCAUCACCACGGAAUUAAGUGGAAAGGGUACGUAUGUGCCUGUGAUAACGGGAGUGCUAAGGUGCCAUGAUGUAUUGUUCUG